AUUUCCACAUCAGACAACAUCUAUUGAUCCUCAAUAUACACUUCGUACAAUGGCGUCAGUUCGGCAUACUUUAAAACCACCUCAACCAGCUACUCUUAGUGAAAUGGGAAGCAUAAUUACUAGUCCUCUAUUUCCACAAUUGAUGAAUGUUGAGGGUUCUAAUGAGCCUUUUUUCCAAGGAAAUUUGGAACAUGUUUCUGAAGUUGGAGAUGUUAUUUUUGACGGGUUGGUAUUUGCAAACCGACAAUUCAUUGAAAGAAAUAUAAAUUUUUUCCGAGCGACUAGAGUAUUGGGAAUUGAUGGCACUUUCCAGGUCUUCCCUUCCCAUCUAACUUGCAUAGCUCAGUUAGCUAUUGUAUAUAUUAUUGUGGACGACAUGUUUAUUCCCAUAGUCUAUGCAUUUCUAAAACUUAAAAAUGUGGCUGCUUAUAAAAGACUAUGGCAGUUUGUUAGACAUGAAUUAAAUAUUAAUUUGUGUUGGGAAGAAUUAACUGUGGAGAUAGAUUUUGAUAUAGCGCUCUGGAAUGGAAUAAACAUAGUGUCUCCAGGAUGUCGUCUGUUGGGAUCUCAUUUCCAUUUUACUCAAAGCAUUGUACGAUUCAUACAAAGUUACCAAUUAAGAGGAACUUUGGAAAAUCUUGAUGUUAUACGCGUAGUAAGAUUGAUCAUGGCUCUUCCAUACUUGCCACACAAUAAUACUGAUGGACUACCCCUUGAUUUCAACAUCCGUAGCGGCUUUGAAGAAAUUGUUGAGUUUGCUACAUCAUUAGGAGUUAAAAAUAUUAUUCAAAUUCUAUUUGAUUAUGUAGAAAGAUAUUGGCUUGACACAAUAGGUACAAUUCAAUUGUCUGUGUAUAAGGCGGAAAUAAGAACAAAUUACUUUAUUGAAAGUUUACAUAGCAUAAUCCGUACCUCGAUUGGUAUUAAUCCCCCAUGCUGGACAAUUUAUGACCAAUUAAAAUAUGUCGAAAAUCGUGUACGUAGGGAAUCAACACAAAUUCUCACUGGUCAUAGAAUUUAUCGUUCAAUGAUCAUUUGUAGAGAUAGAAAUCAAUCUAUUUUAAAGGAGGCUUGGCGGUUGGUUAGAAGCAAUAGAAUAACACUAAUGGACUUUUUACAUCGUGCUUCGUUGACCAAUGCCAGUUACUUAGAAAGCCAAUUGGGACCACUUCCCGUUGUCCCAGAAAUUCCAGAGCCUCAUAUACUACUUUCACAAUUACCCUCUGCAGUUCAUCUGGAGGCACCUCAACGUGGUCUAGGAGAAAUUGAACAUCAUAGAAGAGUAGCAAGAGUCCAAGGAGUUAUUCAAGAUAGACAAUUUAUUCAAGAACUUUCAGUUGAUAAUAUCCCAAGAGCUCAACAAGAAAUGCCAAUAAAUAACAGUGAUAUUGAGCAAGUUCCACUACUGAUUACAAAUAAUGAACAAAAUAUAACUAUUGAAUUGAAUGAAAAUGUACAAGAUGAAGCUGCAGGUGAAUCAAUUUUGAAUUGUUCCGUAUGUUUGGAAGAUAUGCAAGAUGUUGUAACAUUUAGGCCAUGCUAUCAUCAAUUUUGUCUAGCAUGUACAAUACAAUUAAUAGCUAAUUGGAUUACUACAUGUCCUCUUUGUCGUACCGGGGUAACUCAAUAUUAUAUUGAUUUAUAAAAAUAACAUACAUAAAUAUAUUGUAUUUUGCUUUUCAAAAGUUUCAAUGAAGGAAUUAAGUAUAAGAAAAAACUCAUAAAAAAAAGUUAGACUAUGUAUUGUUUUAAUUUAAAAUGUGUAAACUAUGAGGUAAAUAAUUUUGUGACAAAUAGCUUUAAAAAUAUUAUGCAAGCCAAGAUCAGUUACUGAUCAUGUCCAAUCAGCUGUUUUCAAUAAAGGUUUCUUCACUAAGUUUUCACAAAUUAUAUAAGACAAAAAAUUGUAGUUACACUUUUAAAUGACAACAUCAUGAUUAAUGUAAAAAUA